AAGAGACUGCCUAAAAUGUGUAUGGUCGUAAUUAACAAAUUCAUAAAAUAUGUGAUUUUAAUUGAUAUUGAUAUUAGGGAAACCGGAAUUGCUUGCCGCCGCUAACAAGAAACAGAUGUGGAAAGGGAAGCUAAAUGAGCAUGGCGGACACUGACCAGAAACAAGAAGGUUUCUACAAAUGAUUUGUGAAUGGGAAUUCCGAAUCGCCGUUCAGUUGAAUUGGCGCUCCAUUUGAAGCUCUGUUGGCGCCGAUACUCGAGCAAUUCCAAUCUCGCGACAUGGUUCAACAAAUACGUUGAUAAAUCCAAUGUGCAUUCAUGGAACUCAGUCAUCGCCGAUUUGGCUCGCAGUGGCGAUUCGGUUGAAGCCCUUCGUGCCUUCUUCUCCAUGCGGAAGCUUGGCGUCAGCCCCACACGCUCCACUUUUCCCUGCGCCAUCAAAUCCUGUUCCGCUCUCUGCGAUCUCGUUUCCGGCAGGAUGUCUCACCAGCAAGCGUUUGUGUUCGGCUUCGAGAAUGAUCUUUUUGUGUCAUCCGCUCUUAUCGAUAUGUACUCCAAAUGUGGCGAGUUGAAGGAUGCACGAGAACUGUUCGACGAAAUUCCCCUUCGAAAUGUGGUCUCGUGGACAUCGAUGAUUACCGGGUAUGUCCAAAAUGAGCAAGCAGACAACGCCUUGUUGCUUUUCAAGGACUUUCUGGAGGAGGAAACUGAGGUUGGAGAUGCCAAUUACAUUCCUCUCGAUUCAGUCGUGAUGGUUUCGGUUUUAUCUGCCUGCGCUCGAGUUUCAGGGAAGGGGAUCACAGAAGGAAUUCAUGGCUUUGUGGUAAAGAAAGGCUUUGAUGGGAGCGUUGGAGUUGGAAACACAUUGAUGGAUGCAUAUUCAAAAUGUGGGCAGCCUUUGGUUUCUAGGAAGGUUUUUGAUUGGAUGGAAGAGAAGGAUGAAAUUUCUUGGAACUCUAUGAUUGCAGUGUAUGCUCAAAGUGGGUUAUCUGGGGAAGCUUUGGAGGUUUUCCAUGGAAUGGUGAGGCAAGUUGGUGUUCUUUACAACGCAGUGACACUAUCGGCUGUUCUAUUGGCUUGUGCUCAUGCUGGGGCAUUGAGGGCUGGCAAGUGCAUUCAUGAUCAGGUGAUAAAGAUGAAUUUGGAGGAAAAUGUGUGUGUUGGUACCUCCUUAAUUGACAUGUAUUGCAAAUGUGGUAAAGUUGAAAUGGCAAAGAAAACUUUUGAUCGUAUGAAGGAAAAGAAUGUAAAGUCAUGGACGGCCAUGGUUGCUGGUUAUGGCAUGCAUGGCUGCGCCAAAGAAGCUCUCGACAUCUUCUACGAGAUGGUUCGGGCUGGAGUGAAGCCAAAUUACAUCACUUUUGUAUCUGUUCUUGCUGCAUGCAGCCAUGCUGGUUUGAUAAAAGAAGGCUGGCACUGGUUUAAUGCCAUGAAGCAUAAAUACGAUAUCGAGCCAGGUAUCGAGCAUUACGGUUGCAUGGUUGAUCUAUUAGGACGUGCAGGAUGCCUUAAUGAAGCUUACAAUUUAAUCAAGGGAAUGAAGAUGAAACCUGAUUUUGUUGUCUGGGGCUCUCUUCUUGGGGCUUGUAGAAUCCACAAGAAUGUGGACCUCGGCGAGAUUGCUGCUCGAAAAUUGUUUGAACUCGAUCCAAAUAAUUGUGGGUACUACGUAUUACUUUCGAACCUUUAUGGAGAUGCUGGAAGGUGGGCGGAUGUCGAAAGGAUGAGAACGAUGAUGAAGAAUCGUCAAUUGGUUAAACCGCCCGGGUUCAGUUUGGUUGAACUGAAAGGCAGAGUUCAUGUUUUUCUGGUUGGAGAUAAAGAGCAUCCUCAACAUGAGAUGAUUUACAAGUAUUUGGAGAAACUAACGUUGGAGCUUCAAAAGAUAGGCUAUGUGCCAAACUUGACCUCAGUUCUUCAUGAUGUUGACGAAGAGGAGAAAGAACUCACUUUAAGAGUUCACAGUGAGAAACUUGCUGUUGCCUUUGGAGUGAUGAACUCUGCUCCUGGAACAACCAUAAACAUCAUUAAAAAUCUUAGGGUCUGCAGAGAUUGCCAUACCGCCAUUAAGUUAAUUUCUAAGGUUGUUCGUCGAGACUUUGUCGUCCGAGAUUCAAAGCGGUUUCAUCAUUUUAAGGACGGGGUAUGUUCUUGCGGUGAUUAUUGGUGACACUUAUCAAGGACUUGAUUAAGUACUUCGAAUCGACUCGAUCCGAUUCUCGGCUUGGAUGAAGCAUCUGAAUUGUAACUGAGCUUGGGCUCGAACGUCGAUCUUAUUAAACACGGUAUAUGCUCGAAUUGUUAUAGGGGUUUCAAAAACAUGGUUUAUGGCCCAUGCUCGGAAUCUAGGCGAGGAGGGCGGUUUCAAAAGCAAUGUCUAUGGCCCAUGCUUAGAAUUGAGCCAAGAGCGUAAGCAAUUAUCUAAUGUUGAAGGAAACUCCCCAAGUUGACAACAAUCGACCCAACCGUCGGGUCUUCGAAAUUUUGGUCGACUCAACGCACAACCCUGAUCCCUAUUUUAGAUGACAAAAAUGUAUUAAUAGAGAAUUAUCCUUCAUUAAAAAUACGCAAUUUUUAGUUAGGAAUGUGAAUUAUUUGAAUGGCAUAAUGAUGAUAUGAGACGAAUUUGCAAA